GGCUCUUCUGUUAUGUGGUACUGACAUAAUACAAACUGUUACUAAGAUACAACGAUAGUCAAUAAAUGCCUGUAAUAUUCCCAUCCUCCUCGUGACUAAGUUUUGAAUCAAGCAGGAAUAUCUGGAGGAGUAUCAACUGAACUGAGAUCUGCUGCUGUGAAGAUGGUGUUUGUUAAAGAGGAGAGUGAGGAGGACAUGAGUGAACCAGAACCCUGGAGAAUAAAACACGAGGAACAAGAAGGCCUGAUAAAAGUGAAAGAGGAAAUACAAGAUCUGAAUGAAAUGGAGGAGAAACAUCAUCAGAAAGCUCAUGAUGUCAUCGCUGGAGAGAAACCAUUGAGUUGCUUCAAAACUGAAAAAAGCAGCAUUCAAAUCACAGAUGUCAAACGGCUUUUCGUCUGCUCUCAGUGUGGAAACACUUUCACACGUAAAUCAAGCCUGAAGGCUCACAUGUUAAUUCAUACUCGAAUAAAGCGUUUCACCUGCUGUGUGUGUGAAAGGAGUUUUACAAAGAAAUCACACCUUGAGGAUCAUUUUGCUAUUCACACUGAAGAAAAGCCGUUCGCUUGCCCUCAGUGUGAGAGAACUUUUGCACGUAAAGGAAACCUGAAUACUCACAUGAAAGUUCAUACUGGAAUGAAGCCUUUCUCCUGUUCUCAGUGUGGAAACACUUUCACACGUAAAGAAAACCUCAAGAAUCACAUGAUAAUUCACACUGGAUUAAAGCCCUUCACCUGCUCUCAGUGUGGAAAGAGUUUUAAAUAUAAAAACCACCUUAAUGUUCAUUUGAUAACUCACAUGUCAAUAAAGCCUUUCUCCUGUUCUCAGUGUGGAAACACUUUCACAAGUAGCGAAAGCUGUAAAACUCACAUGAGACUUCAUACUGGAAAAAAGCCUUUCUCCUGCUCUCAGUGUGGCAAGAGUUUCACCUUUAAACAAGGACUUAAUAGUCACAUGAGAAAUCACACUGAAGAGAUGUCGUACGCGUGUCAUCUGUGUGAGAAGAGAUUUAAGUGGAACACGAGUCUAAAAGCGCAUCUUCGUUAUACUCACUCUGCAACAAGGCAACAGAGAGAUACAGUGAGAAACAGGAAAGCUGUGGAAAGUGGAUCGGAUGGAGCAGCUCAACACACUCGUGGCCAAUCAGCUGUAGAGGGCGUGUCCAUUCAUGAUGGGGGACGAGACGGAGAGUGAGAAAGAGGGAGAUUUGAAGAAAGACUAGAAUAUGUAGAGAUGGCCGAGGGAGAAAUUUCAGAAAAAAACUGAGAUCUGAGAUCAAAUUUCAUAUUUUUUCAUUGUACAGUCGACAGCAGUGCACUACAGUAUACGAUACUCAAAGGGACACAAAUGAAAGGAGUAAACAUGUGAUCAAUGUGCUUCUUGUCUUUGGCCUGGGUCAGGCCAGAGCACUUCGUCCACAUCACAAGCAAUAUUGUCCCUUGCCCCCCUCCUUCUCCACCUCCUCCUCUUCCUCCUCAUCUUUCU